GCUCAAAUUUCCGUUUCAAAAUGCAGACUUUCCUUCCUAGAUAGCCUCAAAAAUCAUCCUCCGACUUCUCCACCCAAUCACUACCCAGAUUUCCUCAUUGAAUCUCCCACACAAAUUCCCCAUACCCAUUUUCCCAAACCCCAGAGAAUCUUGUUUCUUAGGUUGUCUCCGUGUUGCUUUUGGUGGAAGCAGAGUCUAAGACUGCACACUGUUUGUGGUGCCUUUUGGGUUAUGGAUUCCAGGAGGAGACAGAAAGGGAGUGGUCAUCACCGUCAGGACAUGCAGUGGAGAAGAACACAGGACAGAAAGCAGCCUGCGGCUAGUUGGCAGCCAACUGUGCCAGUAUGGGAGAGGAAUUUCUGUACUUUGAUUGGUUGUGUUCCUUGGGAGAAGCUCUUGGAAUUGCAUAGGUCUAUGCAUCUUUACAACAAUGUGCUCAAAUGGAAUGACUCAGCUGGUGAAGAGGCAUUCAAUAAUGCUAAAACCCGGUUUUGGGCUGAGACUAAUAACCUGCCUUGCAACAUAACAUUGCCUGAUCCUGAUAUGUACAUUGAUGAAAUAGAUUGGAACUCUGAAGCUGAUCCGGAGCUGCUGUUGGAUUUGGAAAGGGAACCCAAGACUCCUGAUGAGAUUGAUAAAAAGGAGAAUGUUGUGAUUCUUGGAAGUGCUCUUCUUUCGAACCAAUCUUUUUCUUGCACUGGAUGGGGGGAUGCGGAAGAGGAUUUAGGGAAGCAUAAUGUUGUGUCUUCUGAAAAUAAAAAUGGGAACAUGGAAAAUCCUAGUGACCAUUGUUGUCCACCAAGAGAAAGCAACAAUAAAGAUUCUGGAUGGGGACAACUUUGUGAUUCUUCUUGGGAAUGGAACCAGAGGGAGACCAACAAUGAAUCCAGCAACAUAGAUAAUGGAAAGGUUGGGGAUUGGGGAAACAAGGUCACCUCUGGGAGGAAGAGAGAAGGAGGUGGUCAGUACAUGUCAAGGUAUAAGACCUCGAGGUUUCAAAGCAAUAAUAGGGAGACAGAUCAUGGAUGGAGAAAUGUAAGAAGACAUCAGGAAUCUAAUUUUGCCUAUGAACGAGCACCAAUGAAUUCAAGGCAGUGGAACUCAAUGAAUGAUUGCUGGCGAAACCAUAAUAAUGGAUUUAGUGAAGGUGGAGUCCCCCGGAGGUAUGAGAAAAAAGUUUUGUGAGUAAAAUAAUUCUUCCCUAUUUUUAAGAGUAUAUAGUUCUGUAGAUUGUUGGUCUCAUAUUAUUUAAUUCCUUGUUCCAUAAGGAAACGAAAGGUAUAUAUAAUAGGAUGGCAGCAGCUUGGAUGAAUUUGUUUGUUGGAUUUGUGGCAGUUGUGUAGUCUUGUACAUCCCAUUGAACCUGAAACUUCAACCUGCACCUCUGCUGAGCCUUACCCAUGCCACCAGACCUUAGCUGCUCGGCCUCCACCACCAAACCAACCGACCCAUGUAGGGCACACCUGUUGUUCUUUAAAUGAUUGAUGUGCGAUUUUCUUUUCAUUUUGCUUCUUCAGCUGGCUUCAUCUGAAAUUUUGAGCAUGGUUUGCAAUUCUGAAUGUUUUCCCUUGAUAUGUUUCUGGUAAAAGAGGCAGCUUGUACUUCAUUAUAACGUUUUUAUAGGUUGGAUUGUAUAUAUUACGAUCAGAGAUACUUUCGUAUAAGUAAUUUCCUGUAAAUAUUGAAAAUUUUAAGUCUUGAUGUUCUUGUACCCUCAGUGUUCUCAUGAUCUUGUAAGAAAGUGAAAUGGUGUUUGGAUAUAGGUAUAUGGUGGAAAUUCAGACGUUGGAACUCACGGUGCUAACUUGCUUUGUAACAAUAGAAUUCUAAAUACCGU